CGCAGCUAUGGCGACGGCUUUCAAAACGGUGGAACCACUGGAAUAUUACAGAAGGUUUUUGAAAGAGAACUGCAGACCUGAUGGAAGGGAGUUAGGUGAAUUCCGGGCAACCACUGUCAACAUUGGUUCAAUUACAACUGCAGAUGGUUCUGCCUUGGUGAAGUUAGGAAAUACUACAGUGAUUUGUGGAGUCAAAGCGGAACUUGCUGCACCCACAGCAGAUUCUGCUAAUAAGGGAUAUAUUGUUCCAAAUGUAGAAUUUCCAUCCCUCUGUUCAAUGAAAUUUCGCUCUGGACCACCUGGUGAAGAGGCUCAAGCAGCAAGCCAGUUCAUUGCAGAUGUGAUUGAAAAUUCACAGAUGAUUGCGAAAGAAGAUCUGUGUAUAGCAAACGGCAAGCUUGCUUGGGUCUUAUACUGUGAUAUCAUUUGUCUGGACUAUGAUGGAAACAUUUUGGAUGCCAGUGCCUUUGCCUUGUUAGCAGCAUUAAAAAACGUUCAAUUGCCAUCAGUUACUAUAAAUGAAGAAACUGGUUUAUCAGAAGUUAAUUUAAAACAGAAGAAUCCUUUGAUUAUCCGAAAGCAUCCAGUGGCCACAUCAUUUGCUGUAUUUGAUGACACAUUAUUGAUCGUUGAUCCAACUGCUGAAGAAGAAGACUUGGCAACUGGAACAGUAACUGUUGUAACUGAUGAUGAAGGCAGACUCUGUUCUGUCCAUAAACCAGGAGGAAGUCCUCUUACAGGAGCCAAGCUUCAGGACUGUAUCACCAGAGCAAUUACAAGACACAAAGAAGUAAAGAAGCUGAUAGACAAAGUAAUAAAAAGCAUAAAGCCCAAGUGAACAAAAGGAGAGAUGUUUUCAAA